GGAGGAGGAGGAUGAGCCGCGGGACCGCCCCGCUCUCGGGCGGCCAUAAAUAGGAGGCGGCCCGUCGGAGUCGGCCGCUUUCUCGCCAAGGAUGAGAUCCCCCGAACGGCGGCUCGAGCCUCACUCCGGGAGCGACGCGGGGGAGGAGAGCGGCCCGACGGCCCGGACUCGCCCGAAGGUGACCCGAGGCCGGAUGGACGCGGAGACGCAGACGGAACCCGUCGUGGUGUUGUCCUUGGCCCAGGCCGCCGUUCUCGGACUCAUUUCCCAGAAUGACGUUUUCGGAGCCACCAUCGCUCCCGACGGCUUUUACGCGGGAGAGCCCAAAGGGGACCCGCCCCCGCCGCCCGAAGCCGCCGAGUACGAGUAUGCCGAUCAGCUGAUCGGGGCCAACGGGGACUACCUGCCCGAGCCCGCCGGGGACCCGCGGGCGGCUCGCCCGCCCGAAGCCGCCCGCUCUCCGCGAGCUCAAGUUAAAGGGGAGCUGACGGAGUCGGAGACGUUCGCCACAUGCGCGCACACCGGUCACGGGCGCGUCCCCAUCGAUGCCGCCAGCUUUCCCAACGCGCCGGCCCGUGAAAAUUGCGCUUGGUGCGCCGGAGCGAGCUCCCUGCUGCGGGGAGGCGGACCGCUCGGACCGCACCCGGAGCAAAGUCGGAAGGAGGAGGAGUCGCUGAUGGAAGUGGAGGAGGAGGCCCUCGAUCUUAAGACCGGCGCCGAAGCUCUCCACAGCAAAUACGCGGAAGCCGACGAGGCGGCGGCGGCGUACCGGUCGGCGGGCGCGACGCCGCCGGCGGAGUACGAGGAAAGCGGGCGGGCCGCGCCGUGGUCGGACCCCGAGGGCCUCGCCAGGCGCAUGCAGAUGGACCGGCUGGACAUCAACAUCCAGAUCGACGAGUCGUACUGCGUGGACGUGGGCGAGGGCCUGAAGCGCUGGAAGUGCCGGAUGUGCGCCAAGUCGUACACGUCCAAGUACAACCUGGUCACGCACAUCCUGGGCCACAACGGCAUCAAGCCGCACGAGUGCGCCCGCUGCGGGAAGCUCUUCAAGCAGCCCAGCCACCUGCAGACGCACCUGCUGACCCACCAGGGCACGCGGCCCCACAAGUGCGGCGUCUGCGAGAAGGCCUUCACGCAGACCAGCCACCUGAAGCGCCACAUGCUGCAGCACAGCGACGUCAAGCCCUACAGCUGCCGCUUCUGCGCCCGCGGCUUCGCCUACCCCAGCGAGCUGCGGACCCACGAGGGCAAGCACGACGACGGCCGCUGCCACGUCUGCGGCCGCUGCGGCGCCGAGUUCCCCGCUCGGGCGCGCCUCGAGCGCCACCUGGCCGGCCACCGGGGCCCCGCCGCCCACCGCUGCGGCGAGUGCCACAAGGCCUUCGCGUACCGCAGCCAGCUGCAGAACCACGCCAUGAAGCACCGCGACGUCCGGCCCUACGUUUGCUCCGAGUGCGGCGUGGAGUUUGUCCAGGUCCACCACCUGCGACAGCACGCCCUCACCCACAAGGGAACGAAAGAAUUCAAGUGCGAAGUGUGCAGCAGAGAGUUCACCUUGUCGGCCAAUCUGAAGAGGCACAUGUUGAUCCACGCCAGCGUGCGACCCUUCCAGUGCCACGUGUGCUUCAAGACCUUCGUCCAGAAGCAGACCCUCAAGACGCACAUGAUCGUCCAUUUGCCCGUCAAGCCCUUCAAAUGCAAGGUGUGCGGCAAGUCCUUCAACAGGAUGUACAACCUGCUGGGCCACAUGCACCUCCACGCCGGCAGCAAGCCCUUCAAGUGCCCCUACUGCAGCAGCAAGUUCAACCUGAAGGGCAACCUCAGCCGCCACAUGAAGGUCAAACACGGCAUCGCCGACGGCGCCGCGGAGGGCCACGAGCCGCCGCAAGACACCCAAGCGCCGCGGGACUACGAGGUGGAGAGCUUUGAAUUCGGCGAGCGAGAGAACCGAGCCAACGACAACACGGGAGACGCCGCUAAACUUUCUCAAAUGGAGUAUUACGGCACGUACGCCAAGGGAGCCGCGCGCUGCAGUACGGCGUGAGGUAGCAAAGCCACCCCAAAACCAAGAUGAGGGAUGGGAAAUGACUUCUUUCUUUUUCUUUUUUUUUUGGGGGGCGGGGGGUGAAUUCUUGGGUUGUUCUUCAGGAAACCA